AUGGGCUCGACGCAAUUUGGGAAGUUCCACGUGAGUUCCCGACAAACGCAAAUGCCGGCUCCGGAAGACUUCUGUCGAGAUUCUACAUUACCAGUCUGCAAUGUAUGCUCUAUCUUACUUGCCUUCAUUGCCAUCCUGACAUCGCUUUUGCUGCUAUGGAGAUCUGAGCGAAAACAGGCAGCAGUCGGGAGAAGAGAGAUACAGCUGUUCUUACUCGGCUUCAUCGUUAUCGAAAUCUGCGAAAUCUUUAGCGUUGGUGCUUUCCCUCUCGACGCAGCGGUCCGGAAAGGAUUUUCUGCAGCGCACAUCGCCGCGAUUACCGCUACAUGUUGGGUACUGUUGUUAAACGCCUUGGUGGGCUACCAAUUUCUCGAUGAUGGCACGCCUGCGUCGCUCGGUCUCAUCUCAGCAUCCGCCUUGGUUUUCUUCAUUGGCACUGGCUAUAUUGCUUUGGAUACGGGGUUCAACUGGACCGGCGAGUUCAAGCCUGACCCGUCAACCGAGUACCGAAACAUUGCUCUCUAUGUGCUGUACCAACUUUUCCCACUCGUUUGUCUGGUGGUAUUCUUCGUUUUGGAGGCCGUGUUGGUGAUUCGAAUACUGGGCGAGUCCCGCCCAAUGCUUUACUUAUGUGGUGCUGGCUUGCUCUUUGCUAUUGGUCAGAUUUUCGAAUAUGUCAUCAGCACCCACCUCUGUCAGGCCACGAACGGGAAGAUCAACGGUGCAUUGUUCGAGACUCUGUUCACCCUCCUAUCAGUAGCUAUGAUAUGGAUCUUUUGGAGCAGUAUCACCGAAGACGACUGGCCCAUGCCAACGGCACCAUCCGGUGGAUACAACUAG